UUUAGGGUCUGAGCCAUCGCCGCUGUCGGUAGGCUCCCACCUCUUCCAUGCCCCAAGCCCGGGCAAUGAGGCCCUCUUCCAGCUCCGGCUUUUAUGUGAGCCGUACGGUGGCCGCGCUGCUGGUGGGACUGGCUGCCGCGCUUCUGCUGGCGCUGGCCUUGUUCGCCGCCCUGUACGGCCACUGCCCGCGCGUUCAGCCGUCGGAGCUGUGCAGCCGCAGCGUCCCCGGCGCCGCGCCCUCUCAGCCCAGCCAGCAGGAGGAGCCGCCGCCGACCUCGCAGCCUGGCCCUGCGCGCAAGCCGACGGUGGCGUCCACUCCACACAACUGGCGACCCCCCGGGCCCUGGGACCAGCUGCGCCUGCCGUCCUGGUUCGUGCCGCUGCACUACGAGCUGGAGCUGUGGCCUCGGCUGCGGCCGGACGAGCUCUCUUCGCCGUCGUUGCGCUUCACCGGCCGCGUGAACAUCACGGUGCGCUGCGUGGUGUCCACAAAGCGGCUGCUGCUGCACAGCCUCUUCCUGGACUGCGAGCGCGCCGAGGUGCGGGGUCCCCUGUCCCUAAGCACUGGGUACGCCACCGUGGGCCGCGUGCAUGUGGACGAAGUGUGGUUUGCUCUAGACACACAGUACAUGGUGCUGGAGCUCGGCGAGGCCCUGCAGCCCGGGAGCCGCUACGAGCUGCAGCUCAGCUUCUCCGGCCCUGCGUACCAGGACACAAGGGAGGGGCUCUUCCUCAACGUCUACACGGAUCAGGGCGAGCGCAGGGCCCUGUUCGCAUCUCAGAUGGAGCCCACAUUUGCCAGGAAAGUAUUCCCUUGUUUUGAUGAGCCAGCUCUGAAAGCAACCUUUAAUAUUACAAUUAUUCAUCAUCCAAGUUAUGUGGCCCUUUCUAACAUGCCAAGACUACGUCAAUCUGAAGAAGAAGAUGUGAAUGGAAGCAAAUGGACUGUUACUACCUUUUAUACCACACCCCCAAUGCCAACUUACUUAGUUGCAUUUGUUAUAUGUGACUAUGACUAUGUCAACAGAACUGAGAGGGGCAAGGAGAUACGCAUCUGGGCUCGGAAAGAUGCCAUCGCAAAUGGGAAUGCAGACUUUGCUUUGAACAUCACGGGUCUCAUCUUCUCUUUUAUGGAAGAUUUGUUUAACAUUAGCUACCCUCUUCCAAAAACAGAUAUAGUUGCCUUGCCUAUUUUUGACAACCGUGCAAUGGAAAAUUGGGGAUUAUUGAUGUUCGAUGAGUCGUUAUUGUUGCUGCAUCCAAAUGAUCAACUGACGGAAAAGAAGGCUGUGAUCUCCUACAUUGUCUCCCAUGAGAUUGGACAUCAGUGGUUUGGAAACUUGGUUACCAUGAAUUGGUGGAACAAUAUCUGGCUCAAUGAGGGUUUUGCAUCUUAUUUUGAGUUUGGAGUAAUUAACUACUUCAAUCCUAAACUCCCCAAAAAUGAAGUCUUUUUUUCUAACAUUUUACAUGGUAUCCUCAGAGAAGAUCAUGCCCUAGUGUCUAGAGCUGUAUCCAUGAAGGUGGAGAAUUUCACAGAAACGAGUGAAAUAAAUGAACUUUUUGACUUAUUUACUUACAACAAGGGAGCGUCCAUGGCACGGAUGCUUUCCAGCUUCCUGAAUGAGAAUUUAUUUAUUGGUGCACUCAAGUCAUAUUUGGAGACAUUUUCUUACUCAAAUGCUGAGCAAGAUGAUCUCUGGAGGCAUUUUCAAAUGGCCAUAGAUGACCAGAGUAAAAUUCUUUUGCCUGCAACAGUAAAAAGUAUAAUGGACAGUUGGACACAUAAGAGUGGCUUUCCAGUUAUUACCUUAAAUGUAUCCACUGGUGUUAUGAAACAGGAGCCAUUUUAUCUUGGAAAGGUUAAAAAUCAGACACUUCUUACCCACAAUGACACAUGGAUUGUCCCUAUCCUUUGGAUAAAAAAUGGAACUACACAAUCUGUAGUCUGGCUAGAUAAAAGCAGCAAAGUAUUUCCUGAAAUGCAAGUUUCAGAUUCUGACCAUGAUUGGGUGAUUUUAAAUUUGAAUAUGACUGGAUAUUAUAGAGUUAAUUAUGAUGAAUUAGGUUGGAAGAAAUUAAAUCAACAGCUUGAAAAAGAUCCUAAGGCUAUUCCUGUUAUUCACAGACUGCAGUUGAUUGAUGAUGCCUUUUCCUUGUCUAAAAACAAUUAUAUUGAGGUUGAAACAGCACUUGAUUUAACCAAGUACCUUGCUGAAGAAGAUGAAAUCGUAGUAUGGCAUGCAGUCUUGGCAAACCUGAUAACCAGUGAUCUUGUUUCUGAUGUAAACAACUAUGAUAUAUACCCGUUAUUAAAGAAAUAUCUAUUAAAGAGACUUAACUCGAUAUGGAAUAUUUACUCAACUAUCAUUCGCGAAAACACGGCAGCAUUGCAAGAUGACUAUUUAGCUCUAACAUCACUGGAAAAACUUUUUGGAACUGCGUGUUGGUUGGGCCUUGAAGACUGUCUACAGAUGUCAAGAGAAUUUUUCAGAAAAUGGAUGAACCAUCCAGAGAAUGAAAUACCUUAUCCAAUUAAAAAUGUGAUCUUGUGUUAUGGCAUUGCCUUGGGAAAUGAUAAAGAAUGGGACUUUUUGUUAAGUAUCUACACUAACAAAACAAAGGAAGAAGAAAGGAUUCAGCUUGCUUAUGCUAUGAGCUGCAGUAAAGACCCAUGGAUACUUAAGAGAUAUAUGGAAUAUGCCAUCACUACAUCUCCACUCAAUUUUAAUGAAACAAACAUAAUCGAAGUUGUGGCAGCAUCUGAAGUCGGCCGAUACAUCGCCAAGGACUUUUUAGUCAACAAUUGGCAAGCUGUGAGUGAAAGGUAUGGAACGCAAUCAUUGGCUACUUUAAUGUAUAUUAUAGGGAGAACCAUAGAUACAGAUUUGCAGAUCAUGGAGCUGCAGCAGUUUUUCAGCAACAUGUUGGAGGAGCACCAGAGGAUCACAGUUCAUGCCAAAUUACAGACAAUAAAGAACGAGAAUCUCAAAAACAAAAAGCGAAGUGCCAGGAUAGCUGAGUGGCUGCGGAAAAACACAUAGCUCCGUGGCCAUUUUCACCACGGCUCUUGCAUAUUAUAAUGUAGCUUGCUCACAGUUCUGUCAUUCAAUACUUUGUGACUCCGGAGGACCACACAUUUUGUUAAUUGUAUUUCAGUCACAUUUACUGCUCAAAGUCCUGUUUUUCCCAUAUUGUCACAUUGGGCACUGAGGCUUGGUGAUGGCAGAGGGUUUUGCCUACACCACUAUAUUUUGGGGAAGAUUUCACUUCAUCUUGGGCUAUACCCUCCCAAACACCCCCCCCCCACACACACACACCAAACCCAUUGCCAUCCAGCCGAUUUCAUCUCAUGGUGGAAUUGCCCCAUAGGGUUUCCAAGGCUGUAAUCUUUGCAGGAGCAGACCGCCACAUCUUUCUCCUGCAGAGCAGCUGGUGCGUUUGAACUGCUGACCUUUCUUUAACAGCCGAGUGCUUAACCACUACCACCAAGGCUCCUUAUCUUGGGCUAUAAACCCACUGAAUUUACUUAAAAUUUAUCUUGAAAACAAAUUUACAAAUAAGAAAGUCUUGCUCAUUCUGUUGUGAAAAUUAAAUCACUGGCAUUAAUGAAGAGCACAUUCUUUUUGGGGGGAGAGGGGGAUUUGUUUUUGGAUUUAGGGUUUAUUUCAGUCAAUGUUUAAAAGGGUCAUGAGACACUAACAUGACAACAUAAAGAAACAGAAACCAGAAAAUGAGUAUUCACUAAAAGGGAGGAAAGCCAAAGAAAAGUAAAUUGUAAGAACAAGCAGACAAUUUUAUCAGCCAUGCUAAGUGCCUCAAAGUCAAGAAAUGUGUCUUCUCCUGUUUCUCUCUCCCCACAGAACCACAGAACUGCACCACACUUUAUUGGCUACUAAACUUAAGGUGUCACAAAAAGACAAAUGAUUGUAGGCUCUAUGACGUGCUCUAAUGCUUGGGGGCCAAAACAGAGACAAGGGCUGUGCCAUGAAGCUUUUGAGUCCAAAGUCCUGUGGGUUCAAAGUGAGUUUUUCAGCCAAAAUUUGUAAGUAAAAAUAAUGAUGCUAAAAGACAGUAGCAAUUAUGGCCCAAUUUUCAGGGCAAAGGGAAAUCUCCAAAUGAAGGGAAAAUACAACUAAAAAGCUAACCAGGGCAGAAUCCUUAUAGCUUUGCACUCAGAUUUGAGUUUGAAAUGUGGUUUCACUUGGCAAAACUGAACCUGCUUAUAAUUUGAACCAGCUUACUUCAAGCAUUUUCAUCAGUCACAAGAUAUGGAAUUACUUUAGUCUUGUUACACCCUAUCAAAACUGGACAACUGAGGUACAUCAUUCCUACUCUAGACAUUUUGUGCAUGAUUUAAUCCUUUUUUUUUUUUUUUUUUAAUAGAAUGGGGGUAAAACUACAGCUCUCCUAUCUACCUCAGAGUGAUACUGUAAAAAUUAAGGAAAAUGUUGUCAAUUAAAAGCCUUUAAAGAUGUUAUAAAAACUCAAGGCAAUGUUAUCUAAGGUUUUCCCCCCCUACUUCUUUUAUAAGUUAAGACAGCCACAAAUUAAAUGGAACACACACUGAGAAGAGCUGGCUUCACAAAAGGAUUUUCUCAAAUGUGAGGCUAUGAGACUUGGCCAUGCGGACAAACCAGUCUACUGAGACUUGACCUCAGGUCAUAGAUCAGAGAUUUUUUUUCUUUAAAUUAAGGAAUUCAAAUGUUAAGCAAUAAAAUAUCUUCAUGUUUUAAAAUUACUGCUAUGUAUAUUUUCUGUGUUCUUAAACAUUUUUCUAUAUUUCACUAUUUCUUCUGAUAACUAAUCUCAUCUUCUGAUAACCUUGUCAACAAAAAAAGUCCUCUCAGUGGCUUCUCUCUUCUUUCCCUUCCCUCUCCCACUGACCUCUCUUCCUUUUCCAUUCUCUCUCUCUCUGGCUGCCUUCUCUUCCUUUACCCUUUGUAGUAACCUCUACCUUCCUUCUGCCUGGUUGUCUUUGUUCUCUCUCUCCUUGGUCU